UUCUUCCUUCUAUUCUUCAAAAAAAAAAUUAAAAAUGGAGUCACCAUCAUCAAGAACAAGAAGAAGACCAUGUUUCAUUGAAGAAGAUGAUGGUCUUGUUUCAUUAGCUGAAACUCAACCUGAGUUUUCAGGCAAUAAUAAUCAAAAUCAUAAUAUUAAUUUGUUUUCUAGGCCUCUUUAUUAUACUCUUUCAACUAGAAGAAGAAAUAGCCUGAAGAAUCUCUCUUCUUUUUCUUCUUCUUCUUCUUCUUUGUUGUCUCCAAGAUCUGUUGUUACUGCUAGAUUUGAAGAACCCCAUCAAUAUUUCUUGGAUGCUUGUUUUCUUUGUAAGAAAAGAAUUGGUGAUAACAGUGACAUCUUCAUGUACAGAGGGGACACUCCAUUCUGUAGUGAAGAGUGUAGGCAACAACAGAUAGAAAAAGAUGAAGCUAAAGACAGAAAAAGGAACAUUUCUUCCAUUAAAGCCAUGAGAAAAAAGGACCAAAGACAACAACAAUCAACUUCAUCUAACCAAACUUCAGAGGAUUACUCUUUGAGACCUGGAACUGUUGCUGCUGCUUGAGUAAAAUUAAAAUGAAUCUACUUGAAGGAAAAAAAAUAAUAUUCAAGAAGGUUCAUCUGUCAUAAAUAUAUAAAUAAUAUUAAGAAAAAAAGUUCAUAUGAGGGAGAAGGAGAUGAACUUAUGAAGAAGAAAGAAUAUACAGAAGAGUUUUUUUUUUAAUUUUAUUUUAUUAUAUUAAGUCUUGUGUUAUGAUAUGAAAAUGUUUAAGAAGUGGAGGAAGCUUGUAAUGCUUUGUGAAAAGUGGAAAAGAUUAAUGAGUUUUUUUUUUUUUUUUUUUGGGUUUUUGUCCCAAGUUUUUUGGUGCUCCUUUUUUGGGGUUCUCAUGGGUUUUUUUUCCCUGUAGAAUGAGAAGCAAUCAAUAUCAAGGAAAGUUCUCCCUUUUCAUUA